AUGUCUGGCAGCAGUCUCACCGCGACCCUCGUGGGCGCCCUCGAAGGAUCGAUAUCCGUCCUGCUCACCGCGUUUGCGGGGUAUUUGACGAGCUAUUAUGGCUUGUUGGACCGGCCGACAGUGAAGAAGAUAUCCAAUGUCUCGUCGUUACUCUUCCUGCCAUGUCUCAUCGUCGUCCAGAUGGGACCGCAGUUGACCGUGAAGGAGAUCUCUAAGCUGUGGAUCAUGCCGGUAUGGGGCGCGUUCAGCUCUCUGAUCGCGCAUUUAGUCGGCUGGGCAGGCAUGGCUGCCCUAAAUCUCCCCGCAUGGACCAUCGUGGCUUCCGGCAGGGCGAACGCAAAUGCUCUCCCUCUCCUGCUUCUGCACAGUUUGGAGAACACCGGCGUCCUGGACUCCCUCAAGAAAGAGGGCGAAUCUGUCAGCACCACCCUGGAUCGGGCAAAGAGUAUCGUCCUCCUGAACUCUAUCAUUCAGCAGAUGGUCACCUUCGGCCUCGGACCCAUGGUCUUCCGUAUAGACAAGGCCAGAGCUAAGAAGGACGGCGGUGACGAUGAUCCAGAGGGCCUGAGACCUGGGAGACAACCUCACGGCUAUCCGACCGUCCAGGACAGAGAACAUGUCGGGCUGCUGCAUGACUACGACGGCGACGACCAGGACGCAGACGACUAUACAGGACCUUUGCACCGCUUGGAAGAUGUCCCGAAUAUGGAGUUGUAUUCACGACUGCCGCCGAGGAUGAGGAAGGCGGUAGACGCUGUCUCGAAACCCCUGAAUAAAGUCCUCGCAGUUUUCAAUCCUCCUCUGAUUGGUGGUAUUGUCGCCUUGAUCAUUGGGAUAACGCCGCCCUUGCACGAAGCUUUCCUGUCGAAAGAUGGCAUAUUCUAUAACACCCUCACUGAAGCGGUCAGCAACCUUGGACAGCUCUUUGUCACCCUGCAAAUGUUUGUCUUGGGUGCCCAGCUAGCCACAGUAAAGUCCGCGAACCCGGGUGUGAAGUCGACCUUAUGGGUCCUACUUAUCCGAUACGGCUUCAUGCCAGCCGUGUCCCUGGCCUUUGUGUACUUCACUGCUGGCCGGAGUUGGUACACCAAUGAUCCGCUUGUGUGGUUCCUGCUCAUCUUGGUGCCCUCUGGCCCGUCUGCAAUGUUGUUGAUGAACUUGGCGGAGUUGAUGAACAUCGACCAGGGCCCUGUCGCUGGGAUGUUGACGAUAUCGUAUCUCGUAUCGCCUCUCAUCGCUGUCGUGUGCUCCCUCGGAUUGCAGGUAGUAAGCAUAGCCCAAGAGAGGUCAUAA